AUGAGUCAAGCUAAAAUUACCGGCGACCCAGAAGCAUUGAUAACGAUUCGAUACAGCAAAUAUUUGGAGAUGAAAAAAUUUUCAAAUGCAGCUAUGAAUGAAACAAGAACUAGAAAAAAACCAUUAACAAUGAAGCCGAAAACAAAACAAGACACAAAAAACACACGGCCAACUGCAGAAAUUUCGAACACUAAGGCAAAACAAUACAAAUCGUGUGAGUUUGUAUCAUCCGAUGAAAAUGAUACGGACUCAGUAACAGAAAAAAAGAAAAAAGAAAAUAUGGCGAAGAAAUUCAAGGUUGUAAGUGGGAGUACACCAGGACGAUCGAGUAUUACUUUUGAAGUAAAUGCUUCGAAUCCAUCUUUCAAUGAACCGACGACAAACCAGGAAAAUAUCACCAGUCGACAGCAACAAAAUAUCGGUGAUACAACUAUGUCUUCGGCGGGUUGUGUCGCUGAUAUUGUGGAUUCUAAGUCUGUAGCCAGUACUACUAAUCCGUCGGUACUUUCUUUGAAAAUAGAUCGGAUAAGUAAAGCGACCACAGGCAAUGAAACUGAAGAUAUAGCCGAUAUCGUCCGUGUUGGAAAACAGGACGUCGGCACUAAUACCGAGGCAGCUGAUAAUCAACAAGUUAAAGGAAAACUUGAAACAUAUUAUUUACCAAUUUUCUGUUGGGGUUGUCCUAUCGAUGAAUUGAGAAAAUUUCUCAUUUAUGAUUUGUACAAACAAGAAGUAUUAUGUAAACCAAGGAUGAUAGAUAUACAAGAUAAAUUUAAAGCAUGGCAUUUCAAACAAGUUGGUUUUUAUGAAACUGGUCAUCAUCAUCCAUGGGGAUUGCAAAAUGCUAUUUACAAAGUGUACAAUGAAUUUUUAGAUAAAAGUCAACAGUUAAAUACAUGGAGUCAAGGUCUGUAUCGACGACCAUACCAUCCAAAAUUUAAAUCUAUGAUUGACUAUGCUGUCUAUGAUUGUCUAUCUGUUACAAAAUUGGCUGUUACAAUGAAACAAUUAACAUUCUAG